GGUCAUGAAAUUGAGGUAAGGUUCUCGUUGAUAAACAAACGCAUCUGAGACCUCUAUCUUGAAUUACGCACCAUUCCUUGCACAGAGGGACAAGCAUCAGAAACAGAGCCAAAACUUGUUGCCAUUUUCACCCAAAUUUCGCUUUCUUUUGGUGCUUACGCUGCUGCCUCUAUUUUCGUAUCCAACAUUUUCACCAUUCCCUUCACUGUGCACCCAGAAAUUCUCGCAAAGGGUUGCUCUAGGGGAUUGAUUUCAUCUCAGCCACCAGUUACCUGAAUCUCCUUUGUGGUUUUCAUCACUAGAAGCUGUGUUUAAUAAUUAACAUUUAGUUCUUUUCUAAGGUUUUGAAAGAUUUCAGGCUUCAGGGUUUGAUGUAGGGCUUGAUUGUAUUGGAUGAAUGACAUGGCUUGGAAUAUCUCCAAAGGUUCUCCCAGAAUGUCUUUCCAUCCAAAGCCUCUCUCUUGGAUUGUAGUUUUAGUGGGAGCACUUGCAGUUUUCUUAAUUUAUGCUUCCUGGGUUCUUGUAUCAUCCCCAAUCGGUGCCACGGUUCAUGGAUAUUUUUAUAAUGUAGGUAGUUUAGACAAGAUAAAUUUACCUGUCCCUUCAGUAAAUGAAGCUCCUAUUGAUGGUAAUUUGAAUGAAAGUUUAGAUCUUGCUGAUAGGAAACCAUCCUCUGAUACAAAAUCUUCCACAAUGUCCACUGGGGUGUCUAGUGAUAGCAAGAUGGAACAGACUGAUACGACAUUAAACCCACAAGUAGACUUGACUGAGUCUACUUCAGUGAAUCUUCCGACAAAGAAGGAGGUGAGUGGCGAUGUGCAAGUUUCUAAGUCACAAGAGUCAGAAACUUCGUUUGGCGAUGGUGCAGAUGCAAUUAACAAUAGCUUGCCUAUUAAAGCAGAUUCACAAAUUGAUUUGCCUUCGAGUGCAACUCUGCCAGUGGUGGGUACCAAUUCUUCCAAUGCGACAGGUAAUAUUAGAAUGGAGGGACCAACUUCCAUGGCUUUGAUCAAUCAGUCCAGUGCUGUAAUGACUCCAUCAAAUGAAACCUCGAUGCCUUUUGAUGAUUCCACGUCAACAGUUUCAGCAUCAGUAGAGAGGCCAAAUAACACAUCCUAUGAUGGUUCAGUUAAUUCAGGCUGCGAUCUGUACCAUGGGAAUUGGAUCUAUGAUCCAUUGGGACCAUUAUACACAAACAAUUCAUGCCCUGUAUUGACGCAGAUGCAGAAUUGCCAGGGUAAUGGGAGGCCUGACAAGGAUUAUGAAAAUUGGCGAUGGAAGCCCUUUCAAUGUGACCUCCCACGAUUUGAUCCCAAGAAAUUUUUGGAGCUGAUGAGAGGGAAGACCUUGGCUUUCAUAGGAGAUUCAGUAGCUCGAAACCAGAUGGAAUCGAUGCUGUGCAUUCUCUGGCAGGUAGAGGUACCAAAGAAUCGGGGAAAUCGAAAUAUGCAACGAUAUUAUUUUAGGUCCACAUCAGUUAUGAUUGUCAGGAUAUGGUCCUCAUGGCUAGUCAAACUAACAUCUGAACCAUUCGAUUAUGCACCUGCUGGUGUUGAUAAGCUCCAUCUUGAUGCCCCUGAUGAAAAGUUGAUGGAAUACAUCCCAAAAUUUGAUGUGGUUGUUCUUUCUUCCGGUCAUUGGUUUGCCAAGCAGUCUGUGUAUAUUCUGAACAACGAGAUAGUUGGAGGACAGUUGUGGUGGCCUGACAAGUCUCGGCAAAUGAAGGUUAACAAUGUUGAUGCAUAUGGCAUAUCUGUUGAAACAAUUCUUACUGCUAUUGCUACACUUCCAAAUUACACAGGGCUUGCAAUUGUGCGUUCCUAUUCACCUGAUCAUUAUGAGGGUGGAGCCUGGAAUACAGGUGGAUCAUGCACUGGGAAGUCUAAGCCUCUUGCACUUGGUGAACUGGUGGAAAAUGUGCACACAAAUACAAUGCAUGAGCAACAGGUGACAGGUUUUAACCGUGCAGUGAAAAAGGCAACAAAUGGAUCAAAGUUGAGGUUAAUGGACAUCACUGAAGCCUUUCAAUACAGGCAUGAUGGUCAUCCUGGCCCAUACAGAAGUCCUGACCCGAAUAAGAUUACCAAACGCGGCCCAGAUGGGAGGCCGCCCCCACAGGAUUGCUUGCAUUGGUGCAUGCCAGGUCCUGUUGAUACCUGGAAUGAACUUGUCCUUGAAAUCAUCAAGAGAGAAUAUGAAGGUGAAAGUGCAUCAUGAGAUUUGUUUAUUUUUUUUUACUAUCAAGAUGUUUGUUGUGCUUCUGCACUCCAAGAGGGUGCCUUGUGUAGAAAUGUUACUUUCUGGGAAUGGGUAAAGGUAGUCCAGUUGAAUCUUUUCAUAGGAUAAUAUAUUAUAGAGGAAUUAAUUUAUUUUUAAGGUUUGGGAUGAUAAGAUGAUAGGUUAUUCCUCAAUCAUCAGAAGCCAUUACUGCUACUACUACAUGGCUAAGAUGAUCUAGAGCUAGUUCUUAUUAUAAGUAUUACCUUACAUUUUCUACUCUUGUUUCUUGCAUUUGAUAUUUUGUAACCCAUAUCAGUUUAUCAGUAUCGAAGAGUUUGAUAUUUGUAAAAAUAAAAAUGCAAGAUAUCAUGCUUUUUUGGAGCUUU